AUGCUCUGCAAGCUUCUGAUCUCCCUCGCUGCACUCGCGUGCGCUCUCGCCGCGCCCCUCGCCCUGCGCAGCGGGACUUGCGCUGGACUCGCCUGCGGAGGGCCCUUCCUCAACUUCAGCUUGCCGGCCUCGCUUCCGCCGCUUCCAUACGCCUACAACGCGCUUGAGCCUUUCGUCAUCGAGGACAUCAUGCGCCUUCACCACGACGCCGUCUCCAACAUGUCGACUGCGAUCAAGUGCGGCAACGUCGAGGAGGUUGUGAGGCUCACCGAGUCGCUCGCUUUGAAUGGCGGAGGGCACAUCAACCACUCUCUCUUUUGGCGCAGUCUCGCCCCAGCGGCGUCGUCGAAGUAUAACGGCACUGGCAGUCUCUUCCCGACCUCGGGCCCGCUUCACGACCACGUCUCGACUUCAUUCGAUUCGGUCGAGCAGCUUUCCGCCAUCAUGGUGACCGCCGGAUCGGGCAUCAGGGGCAGUGGCUGGGUGUGGACUGUUUGGGACAGGCAGUCACGUUCGCUCGAGGUGAUCACGACUGCGAACCAGAACCUUCCCUUCGCCUGGCAAGUCCCCAUCCUCGGCAUUGACUGCUUUGAGCAUGCCUACCUUGUCCAAUACAAAACGAACCGCCUGGAGUACCUCAAGCAAGUCUUCGCCGUCAUCAACUGGGAAGAAGCGGAGGCGAGGCUCGUUGCUGAGCUCGAGGGUCGUCCUUGGUGGUAG